AUGGCCGAAUUAUACCCUUCCCUGGCGCAAUGCGCCAUCGUCGCGGCCGCGUUUAAGAUUCUUCUCUUCCCCGCUUAUAAAUCGACCGACUUCGAAGUACAUCGGAACUGGUUGGCAAUCACCAAUUCUCUCCCCGUGCAGGAAUGGUACUACGAGAAAACGUCGGAAUGGACCCUUGACUAUCCUCCCUUUUUCGCCGCCUUUGAAUGGCUUAUGUCGCAGGCAGCUCGAUAUGUGGAUCCACAAAUGCUGGUGGUGAAGAACCUUGGAUACGAUUCCUGGCAGACAGUUUACUUCCAGCGCGCGACGGUAAUCCUGAGCGAGCUGGUGCUUGUUUACGCAUUACACCGAUUCGUGAAGUCCGUCUCCCAGCAAAACAAGCAGCUUGCGCAUAUCGCCAGUCUCUCGGUCCUGUUGUCUCCCGGUCUCCUCAUCAUCGAUCAUAUCCAUUUCCAAUACAACGGUUUUCUGUACGGAAUCCUCAUUCUAUCCAUCGUGUUGGCCCGAAAACAAUCAAGCCUUCUCUACAGCGGUAUCACUUUCGCCAUCUUGCUAUGUCUGAAGCAUAUUUACCUCUACCUCUCACUGGCCUACUUCGUGUAUCUGCUGCGAGCCUACUGCCUCGACCCCAGAUCGAUUUUCCGGCCUCGGUUUGGAAACAUCUUCAAGCUCGGCCUGAGUGUCAUCACGGUGUUUGGUGUUGCGUUCGGCCCAUUCGCGUAUUGGAAUCAGCUAUUGCAGCUGAAGGAUCGGCUCUUUCCUUUCUCCCGCGGUCUGUGUCAUGCAUACUGGGCUCCGAAUAUCUGGGCUAUGUAUUCUUUCACCGACCGUGUUUUGAUUCCUCUCGCUCCCCGUUUGGGCUUGCCGAUCAAUCAAGAAGCUCUGACAAGUGUCACUCGUGGUCUGGUCGGCGACACCUCCUUUGCUGUUCUCCCCGAAGUCACCAAGGAACACACAUUUGCGUUGACCUUUCUGUUCCAGCUUCUCCCUUUGAUUAAACUCUGGCUCCGUCCUGACUGGGAUACCUUUGUCGGCGCAAUUACCCUUUGCGGAUAUGCUUCCUUUCUGUUUGGCUGGCACGUUCACGAAAAGGCCGUCCUCCUGAUCGUCAUUCCGUUCAGUCUGAUCGCGCUCAAAGACCGCCGGUACUUCAGUGCGUUCCGGCCCCUCGCCGUUGCUGGACACGUCUCCCUCUUUCCACUGCUGUUUACUGCAGCGGAGUUUCCUAUCAAGACCGUCUACAGUAUCCUGUGGUUGGUUUUGUUCUUGUUCGUGUUUGACCACGUCGCCCCUGUACCUGAGCGGCCACGCAUUUUUCUAGUCGACCGCUUUUCACUACUCUAUAUCACCAUCGCUAUUCCGCUCAUCGUCUACUGCUCUCUGGUCCACCAGUUGAUCUUCGGACUGGGGCGGUACGAGUUCCUACCCUUGAUGUUUAUGAGCAGCUACUCUGCUCUGGGGGUGGUGGGCAGUUGGGUUGGAUUUAUGGUGGUGUAUUUUACUGCAUAG